AUGGCGGCUCCUAACAAUCGGUUUGCAUUUGAUUCCAACAAUUUAAUAUCUUUUUGUAAAAGAAGUGAUAUGCAAGAAUGUAAGGGCCAAUCCGAGGCCAUUUUAGAGCUCAGGAUGAAAGACCUUGACGGUCGAUGGAUUAAAGUUGAAAAAUCUUAUGAGGAUCUCAUGCUAUCUGACCAAAGUCAAGAAAUAAAAACUACAGCGCAGGAACAGUAUGAAGUAUGUGUCGAUGUUUACUAUAUGUGUAUGUCAAAAAUUCUUGAUUUUAUCAAACCAAAUAAAGAACCUUUAGACCCUCGUGUAAGUUUAGGAUCAACUGUUCCCAAUACAUCCGAAGAUGUUUUAAAUACAUGCCUUAAACUUCCACCUUGCGAUACUCAAAUUUUCGCAGGCAGUUAUGAAGAAUGGCCCCCGUUUCGGGAUAUGUUUACAGCAGUAUACAUUAAUCACCCUAGAUUAACCUCCGCUGAGAAGCUGUAUCAUCUCCGUAAUAAGACAAAAGACACAGCUGGAGCAAUUGUUAAGAGAUUUCCCCUGACCGAUGAAAAUUUUAACCUUGCGUGGCAAGCUUUAAAGUCCCGAUAUGAGAAUGUUAGAGUUUUGGUUGAUAACCAAAUUCGUAAUCUCUUUAAUAUUCCUUUAGCAGUUGUCGAAGAUAGUGACUCUUUACAAAGAAUUCACAGUUCUGUCACUGAUUGUUUAUCAAUGUUGGAAACGUUAGGAGUAUCUGCUAAGGGUUGGGACCCAUUAUUGGUUAAUUUAGUGUACUCAAAGCUACCACAUGAAACUUUAGCUCAGUGGGAACAGUCCCUAAAUGCGUGUAGGGAGUUGCCCAAAUGGUCCCAACUGAGUAAUUUCCUUCUCCAAAGAUGUGAAAUAGUAGAGAGAAUAUCAACCAUAAAACUCACGAAAAGCUCGUUUCCAAGCCACUACGAUGCUCAAUCGAGAAUUCAAACCUAUGCUUCUCAGGAAAAACUUAAUAUAAACUGUAAAAUGUGCAAUGAAGAACACGGUUUAAGAAUUUGUCCUCAAUUCCGCAAACUUUCAGUUCAAGAACGAGUUGAUUUUGUUUUUAAAAAUCAGUGCUGCAACAAUUGCCUUUCAGUUUCUCACAUCAAAACCAGCUGUAAAAGUAAAAAUACAUGUCUAAAUUGUGGGAAAAAGCACCACACUUUGCUUCAUAUGCGAGCCGUCAACAAUUCGAAGAAAAGUGUUGAUCAAUCGCAUAACGAAAAUAGUCAAUCUCUUCAAGCCAAAGCUUCAAACUCUCAAGCUCAAAUUCCCAAUUCACGUGAUAACCAAAAACCCGAAACUUCCAAUUUAGCCAAACUCCCACCAAUUCAUUCAAAUUAUGCGACGAACAAUACCAACAUCUUGCUGCGAACAGCAUUAGUUCAGAUUGAAAGUAGAGGUGAACACUUUACUAUACGAGCACUUAUUGACCCAGGUUCAGAAAGAACUUUUAUAUCAGAAAAGAUAAGAAAACGAUUAAGUCUUCCCUAUAAAAGGUCACGUUUUGAAAUUAUUGGAGUUGGAGGUCAGAGUCAAAUAGCUGAAAAGGAAUGCGAUUUAGUUUUAGUUUCACAGCGAAAUAAAUUUAGAUUUCAAAUUACAGCAAUAGUUCUCCCCAAAGUUACAAAUAAAAUUCCUUCGUCCUCUUUCAAAAUCAAUGAUCCGUCAAAUCUGUCGGAUAUUGAAUUGGCAGACCCCUAUUUUAACGUCUCAUCUUCCAUUGACCUAAUUCUAGGAAAUGACAGCGAACGCUAUAUCAAUCUAGAUGGAAUUAAGAGAGACGUAUGUGGCUCUGCUUCAGCCUAUAAUACAGUUUUCGGCUGGGUUCUCAGUGGGCCUGUACAAACAAAACCCAUAUUCUCAUUUUCCUCUCUAGUUACUUCUACUGAACAUUCUAACAUUAAUGACUUACUACGAAAAUUCUGGGAACAAGAGGAAAUUCCAAUGUCGCCAGCAAUAUCGUCUGAAGAUGAAUACUGUGAGGAAUUUUAUGUUCAAACAACAAAACGUCUUGCAGAUGGUCGUUAUAUGGUACGAUUACCAUUUAGAAAAGAGUUUCCGAACGAGAAAUUUCUAGGCCCCUCAAGAUUUAUGGCUUUGGGCCAAUAUGUUAGAAUGGAACAAACGUUAUCUAAAGAUCUCUCACUCAGCUUACAAUACAAUGAAGUUCUCAACGAGUACAUUACGUUAGGUCACAUGGAAGAAACUACGUCAUGUGAAUAUUUCUUAGAAAAUAAGUGCAAUUCCUUUUAUCUUCCUCAUCACGCUGUAGUUCGUCCAGAGAGUAAAACCACAAAAGUUCGAGUAGUUUUCAACGCGUCUCGUAAAUCAAAAUCAGGUUUUUCUCUUAAUGAUGUCCUAUAUACUGGUCCCACUUUACAAGCAGACUUAAUGUCUGUAAUCUUAAACUGGCGUUUUUACAGAUACGUAUUUAGUGGAGAUAUUCAGAAAAUGUACAGGCAAAUUCUCAUAGACCCUAUUGACAGGCCGUUUCAAAGAAUUCUUUUUCAAAAAUCCCCCCGAGAUCCUGUUAAAGACUAUGAACUCAAAACGGUGACAUUCGGAAUUAAUUGCGCACCUUUUCUCGCCAUCCGAACGCUUUUACAGUUAGCCUCUGAUAUUCAAGAUCAAUUCCCAAAAGCAUCUACAAUUUUACGUCAUGAAACAUAUGUAGAUGACAUCCUAGCUGGAGGUCACUCUAUAGAAAGUGCGAUUCAAUCCCAAGAACAGCUUAUAAAAUCUCUAAAGUCAGCAAAUUUCAAUUUAAAGAAAAUUACUUCCAAUGAUUCGCGAUUAUUAAAAUCUUUCCCUAAAGAAGAUUUGUAUGACUCUAAUUUUCUUAAAUUCCACGACUCUAGUUCCACGAAAACUCUCGGUAUACGUUGGAAUGCACUCACUGACUCAUUCACCUACUCAUUCGAACCUAUACUCAAAGCCACCACCAUUACAAAGCGCCAAAUAUUAUCCUCGGUUGCUAAACUGUUUGAUCCUGCCGGUUGGAUUUCCCCGAUUGUGAUAAGAGGCAAAAUUCUCAUACAGCAACUUUGGCUAGAAAGGAUUGAUUGGGACGAGCCUGUAAGUGCAGAUUCUCUCCGCACAUGGAACGAAUUAAUUAACGAUUUACCUUCGGUAGAAAAAAUCCGAAUCCCGCGUUGGAUACAGUUCACUCCCGUUGAUUGCAUCCAAAUUCAUGGUUUUUGUGAUGCCUCCAAGAUGGCUUACUGCGCAGCGGUGUAUAUCAGAGUUCAAACUUCUCGUACAGUUUUUACUAACUUACUAGUAUCAAAAAGUAAAGUCGCUCCUCUAGACGCUAUAACAUUACCAAGAUUAGAGUUAUCUGGUGCUGUAAUGUUAGCUAAGCUUACAAAUCAUACCAUAUCCUCCCUGGAGUUGAAUCAGUACGAAGUGGUUCUUUGGUGUGACUCUUCCAUUGUUCUUGGGUGGUUAGCAAAACCUCCCGCAACUUGGAAAGAAAUUUAUGUUUCUAACCGCGUCUCUAAAAUCCAUAAAUUGAUUCCAAAUGCAAAAUGGCGUCAUGUUCCCACACAUUACAACCCCGCUGAUUUGGGAUCGAGAGGUUGUAGACCUCAAGACUUAUAUAGUAGUACUGAAAUUAGUCAAAAGGAAGCCAAUUCCGUCAAAAUUCGAUUAAUAAUUCUAGCUCAAAAACAAUGGUACAAAUACGAAUAUUCAUCUUUAUCUAACUCUGAAUCCAUACCCAAAGACAGUUCCCUAUUUACGUUAAAUCCAUUUAUUGAUGCAAACGGUGUUUUACGCGUCAAUGGCAGAUUAGCAAAUGCUCCGUUAAGCUACAAUGAGCGAUUCCCAAUUAUUUUACCACGUAACUCACAUUUCUGUGAGUUAUUUUUAGCUCACUUACAUGAAUUUUUAGCUCAUGGUGAAUGCCAUCUAAUGUGUAGAAUGCUACAAACACAAUUUUAUAUACCGCGCCUAAAACUACGCAUCCGUAAGCUAAUACGGUAUUGUAAAACGUGUAUAAUUCACAAAAGAAAGUCCUGUUCGCAAAUUAUGGCAGCUCUACCAUCCGAGCGAUGCACACUUUCAUCGCCAUUUCACACAACUGGUAUAGACUUCGCAGGGCCUUUCGAGCUCAAAAAUUCAACGCUCAAAAAUGCCUCAACUGUUAAAGGUUACGUAUGUGUAUUUGUAUGUUUCGCUACAAAAGCAGUACACCUAGAGCCUUGCUCCAAUUUAUCCACAGCUGCGUUUCAAGCAACCUUUGCCAGGUUCGUUGGAAGGAGGGGACUCCCACAUAAAAUUGUUUCCGAUAACGGUCGAAAUUUUGUCGGUGCAAGUCGUGCUUUUCGUAAAGAGUUUUUAACAUUUCUUAAAACUGUAUCCCAUGAUAUUGCUCAAAAAUAUCUCACUCACGGGUUUGAAUGGUCUUUUAUUCCGCCACACGCCCCUCACAUGGGAGGUCUAUGGGAGGCAGCAGUAAAAAGUUUUAAAUUUCAUUUGAAACGAGUUGCCGGUGCGCAUCGUUUCACAUUCGAAGAAUUUACCACCGUGCUAUCUCGAAUUGAAGGCGUAUUAAAUUCCAGACCUAUUUCAGCCUUAUCUGAAGAUCCCACAGACCUGACUGCUCUAACCCCAGGACACUUUUUACGCGGUGGUCCCAUGCUAGCCAUUCCUGAGCCAACAGUUGAAAAUCUAUCAUUGAUCUCUCGAUGGGAAAAGCUAAAGGCCAUCCAUCACCAAUUUGCAAUACAAUGGAAAGAAGACUAUCUGAAAUCUCUCCAUAAGAGAUACAAAUGGAAAUUUUCCGAGCCCAAUUUGAAAAUAGACGAUUUUGUAAUCAUAAUUGAUGACAUUCUGCCUCCUAACGAGUGGCGAUACCGAAAUCAACCACCACGCAACCCCGAUGUACACCAGUGUCAAGUGUGUUAUCGAUAUCAUUCACUUCGUUUUUGCCGAAGCUUCCUCGCCAUGAAUUCCACCAAACGAAACCAAGUUGUACGACAAAAACAAUAUUGCCUCAAUUGUUUGGCACGCACGCACAUUGUCCGAAAAUGUGAAAGUCCUGACAAAUGCAAGAAAUGCGGGUUACUACACCAUACCCUUCUACAUCCCACACGUCAUCCACGUGGAAAAGCACAACACACCAACAUACGCGAGCGUAUCGGUUCACGCAGCCAAGUUGCUAGCCGCACAAACACAAAACUAAGAGGCAACAGUCAACACCACCAGUCACAAGCUAAAGACAAGGCAGAACGACAACCAAAUCAAUGGAUAAUAUCUGAGGCGAUUCGAACACUGGCCGCCGUUUUAUGCACAAACUCAACAACAUCAUAA